AAAGAGACCCUCAUUGAAGCUCGCCUCGCCUUCCAACACUACUAAAUAAUUCCAGUCGUCUUGACUACAAGCAAACUUCUUCCUAAAUGUUUAUACAAUCUAUAGAAUUAUCUAUUUAAACUUGAUGUUAUAAUAACCUUACGGAUCUCUCGACGGCUUCCAAAGCUCGUUGAGAACCAACCAUUACUUUUCUUUUCCUUGAGAUACCCCAUCCCGUCCCAUUUUGUCCCGCCGCCGCAAUGCUCGUGCGACCUCUUCCCGCUCAACGGAGCCUUUCUCUGUCACGACUUAACAUCCUAAGACGACCUCAAUUACCGUCUGGAAAUCGAUAUCCCCAAUCAUUUCACACAAGUCGUAGAUUUUUGACAGCUCAAACGGAACUGUCACCAAGGAGGAAAAAGAUAUCACAAGACACUCGUGGGCCGGUUUUCCAAAGAUCCUUGGCUACAACCAUUAGCGACCCUAUACGACAGGAUGAAAUACGUUUCGAUCACCUCCAGUCAUCCAUACCUAGCCAUUUUAGCCUCCCACUAUCCAAUUCUCGGCUAUACGAUAUAAAACCAUUCGACCCUUCCGCACCAUUGCUUGUUAAAGUCAACAAUGAUGACCCCAUCCCACGUGCAAGAAUCAAUACCCAUGGCAUACCCGGCGGCGUCGAUGAAAUGCUGUCAAUUUUUGACGCGUGUUUACAAGUGAAAAAUUUAGACAGGGCCGCUCUCGUGCUGACUCGGUUCGGCGACAUGGGCGUUAUGCCAGGCCAUGAGUUGAUAGUACUUCACAAUCGAUAUCUUCGUGCAGCCAUCGAAAAAGCUUUCGAGCAACCCGAUUCCGAAUGGGCCCAAUCUCUUCACAAAUGGUACGAGGUACACAUCAGGCGCAAGGAUAUUCCCCAGACGUCCGAGACCAUCGCCUGCAUGCUAAAGGUCUCACUCAUAUCCUCACAAGGGUCUCGACUAGAAAGGCUUGUAAAUCGGUAUAUGGAUAUGUUAUCUGAGGAUGCUAUAUAUCAGGUUCUAGAAGAGGAAGAUAUCUUGACCCAACAAGACUUCGGUGUCAUCGCAAGCAUCUAUCAGCCCGCUUCCGGUCUCUUGGAGAAUUGGGAAUUCUCAUCGGAAGACGAGGGGACGCAACUACCAGUCGAACAGGUAGAUUCUUCUCAGGCGGAACCAGAACCGGACACUACGCCCCAAGUUAGACCUGUACCACAAAAAGGGUUGGGCCUCAAAUCAUUGCGUGGCGUCUUAUCCUUUUUCUCCGAGGUUGAAGGCCAAGAUCUUUCCAAAUUAUCCCUCGCCGAACGUCGGGAAAUACAAAGACGACUAGAGAUGGAUUGUGUCGAUGCUGCGAUUAACCGAUGGAGGGAGGAAAAUGACAACCUCAAGAAAAUGGGAUUGAACUCCGCGCUUUCUACAAAUGCUUUAAACUCGCAAUUGUAUGAAUGGCAAUGUGCUCUUGAAAGCAGGCUAGAAAAGGAAUUUGCGUUGUUCGCAGAGUCGGAACAACGUGAACGAAAAAGUAUGGAAGACCAAGAUCGAUGCUUAUAUGCACCCUUCCUAAGACUGUCAAACCCGGCAAGACUAGCUGCGGUCACGAUUAUUGGCGUACUCAACACGCUUUCUACGAGCGGUGCUGACGGAGCGGUCCAGUUAUCUUUCUUACUGACCCAACUCUCCAGGGCUGUAGAGGAGGAUAUUAGGUAUAUUCUACGAAACCAACAGUCAACCUCGCAGAAGCCCAAAUCCAAAAAGCGAGCCAACAAACCAGGCGUUAACCAGGCGCAAGAGAGUUCAAAAGAUGCUCCACAGUCCGCCAACAUCGGGUCUCAAUCUAAUGUUGUGGAGUCAUCCGCUUACGAAGUCAAAUCAUGGCCAGUUUUAAUUAAAACGAAAAUCGGCGUUGCUUUAUUAUCUGCGUUGAUGGACACCGCAAAAGUGAACGUGGUCCGGGAGCACCCAGAAACGAAAACCCUUGUUAGCCAGAACCAGCCAGCUAUGACACAUAGCACGAUGCAUCGGAAAGGAAAGAAGAUCGGUGUCGUUAUGCCGAAUAAAUUCCUAGUCGAUCUUUUGAAGCGGGAGCCCCCGGCAGAAUUUCUUGCGAGACAUCUACCAAUGAUCGUUGAGCCAGAACCCUGGACAAAGUUCGACAAGGGGGGCUUCCUUGAAUAUCCCGCCCAACUUGUACGGGUCAAGUACGGCGAGAAGGAUCAAAGAGUCUACACCGAAGCAGCCGUGCAGAAGGGCGACAUGGAACAAGUUAGCAAGGGCUUAGAUGUUCUGGGCCGAACAGGAUGGCGGAUCAACAAACCUGUCUUCGAUGUGAUGCUUGAAGCGUGGAACAGCGGCGAUGAGAUUGCGAACAUCCCUCCACUUAACCCUCAAAUACCCCUACCAGAGGAGCCGGAACCAUCCGACAACCCGAUGCAACGGCGGGAAUGGCUGAAGGCUGUAAAAGCCGUGGAAAACGAAAAAUCGGGUUUGCAUUCCGAACGUUGUUUUAUGAAUUUCCAACUUGAGAUCGCUAGGGCAUUCAAGGACCAAACAUUCUAUUUCCCGCAUAACAUGGACUUCCGAGGACGUGCUUAUCCAAUCCCAACCUACCUCAACCAUAUGGGCGCCGACCACGUCCGCGGCCUACUUCGUUUCUCCAAAGGGAAGGAGCUUGGUGAAACUGGUUUACGAUGGCUUAAAAUUCAUCUGGCAAACGUUUUUGGUUAUGAUAAGGCUAGCCUAAAGGAACGGGAGGCCUUUGUCACGGACAACCUUGACGAUAUUUACGACUCCGCUAAUAAUCCCCUAACGGGAAGACGGUGGUGGCUUCAAGCCGAAGAUGCAUGGCAAUGCCUGGCAGCUUGCUUCGAAGUCAAGGCGGCCUUAGAGUCUCCUGAUCCUACUCAGUAUGUGUCUCAUCUCCCCGUGCACCAAGAUGGCACAUGCAAUGGAUUGCAGCAUUAUGCGGCUCUUGGUGGUGAUUCAUGGGGUGCUCAACAAGUUAAUUUGGAGCCCGGUGAUCGGCCCGCAGAUGUAUACUCUGCGGUUGCCAAUCUAGUGAAAGAAAGCGUUGCAGAAGAUUUGAAGGCGGACAACUUUCUGGCCAAGGCAAUCGAUGGCAAAAUAACAAGGAAGGUUGUGAAGCAAACUGUCAUGACCAACGUUUACGGCGUCACCUACGUUGGGGCCAAGGCUCAAGUGUCCAAGCAGCUCGACGCAGCUUAUCCUAACCUGCAAAAAGAGGCAGAAGUACCUGUAGACGUAAUCGCGGCUUAUGUUGCUACAAAGAUUUUUCAGGCUCUGUCUACUAUGUUUCGCGGAGCUCAUGAUAUUCAAUACUGGCUUGGAGAAUGUGCUGGAAGGGUCUGUCGUGCUAUUACUCCAGAGCAAAUGGACCGAAUCGCUAAUGGAGAUGCCUUGAAAUCGGUCACAAGUUCCCGUUCCAAGAAAAAGACGCUUAAGGACCAGUUACUCAGUCAAUUCAGGUCGACGGUUGUCUGGACCACGCCUCUUCGCAUGCCAAUUGUCCAGCCGUACCGUAAGAGUGGUACUCGCACUAUCUGUACCUCUCUUCAGGAUCUUACCUUACAGGUGCCUGAGCGUUCCGAUCCUGUGAACCGACGGAAGCAAUUACAGGCUUUCCCCCCCAAUUUCAUCCACUCGUUAGAUGCUAGCCAUAUGUUACUGUCUGCAUUAGAAUGUGAUGAACUAGGUCUUACAUUCGCAGCGGUACAUGACUCCUUUUGGACACAUGCUUCUGAUAUUGAAGUUAUGAACCGUGUUCUGCGGGAUUGUUUCAUUAGGAUACAUAGCGAAGACGUUGUUGGACGUCUCGCAGCUGAGUUUGAAGCGAGAUACAAGGGAUCCAUUUACAUGACUAAGAUUAAAAGGGGUUCUCCCGUUGAAGCCAGGAUCGUAGAAUGGCGCAGGGAGAAAAAACUCACAUUGUCAAGCGAGCUUUUAGAAGAACGCGAGAGGCAACGACUAUUGGUAUCUUCGGAUCCCGAGGAGGUCGAGAAAGGCAAGAAGAUGGUGACACCCGCUAGCAUUUAUGAAGAGAUGUCUAGUUUUCAACCUGUCACGAGUACUACCGAGAUGGAGUCGGUCGGAUUGGGCAAUAUUCCAGGGACAACCACCGCUUCUGAAGCCGAAGAAAACGACGAUAACGACUUAAGCGAAGCCGCCAGCCCCGGAAAGAAUUAUCAUACGAACAUUGAACACGUCAAAAGCCUGUUAGGAGUAACUCUAUUCGAAUCAGAACUUACGGGCGUCGCCGGAAAGAAAUUAAAGAAAAAAGCAGAUCCGCAAACUGGUAUCAACAUUUGGCUUCCGCUAACUUUCCCCAAAGUUCCUGAGAAGGGUGACUUCGACGUGUCGCGACUGAAGGAUAGCCAAUACUUCUUUUCAUGAUCAUGAGUUUAUACACUUUAGAGACGAAGCUCAAAUUUCUAAUGACUUUC